CUCGGAUGAUAUACGUCUUGCGUGGACCAGCAGGAGCUCAUCAUCUGGGGCCGGCUGAAAGAGGUUUAUUGCGAUUUUUUCAUUGAUUCGAGAGCUUAACACAGCUAGCAGUGUCUUGUUUGUCGUCUUAAGCUUUGCAUUUACUUCAUUUACCCGACGUUAGUGCUUCGGAAAGAGCGAGAGCAUUGACUGUCUUACUCCGCGGAAAGCGGCUGCGGGAAGUUAACUGGGCGGGCUACAGUUAUCUAAAUCGACAUUUAUCGACGGUUUUCUCUGAGUGGAAUGAGCUACCAUUCACCCACCGUGUCUGUUGCACAAUGGAUGUCCGCUCUGUCUGCCUAAUUGCCCAAGCCAAAGCAAACUGUAACAGAUCUAGUCUAUUCAGAGGAUAGCAAUAGGCCCUCACUCCACCCUCUCCCUUAACGUUACACAUCAGUUUAGAGCAGAGCAGUGCAGAUUCUCUCUGGUGUCUGGAUUGCUUUGAUUUGCUGGUUUAGCGAAGGGGUGAAGGUAGGUCUGAGGCAGAAAACUGAUUUAGAAACAUUGAGUACCUCAAUUUUCUGGGGAUUAAAAUAUCCAGUGUGCUGCUGCUUAAAUUAUUUAUACAUAUUUGGUUCUCUUCCCUGUAAGAUUGUGAAGUCCCCCCCCCCCAUAUAACUUGAAAACCAUAUACGCACAAUGGUGUCGACAACUCUGGCCACAGUAACGAUUUUGACCACCCUUGCCACUCAAGGGGCUCUGACAGAUUAUCUAUGGCUCCUAGUCGUAGGCUUCAUCAUAGCAUUUAUCCUCGCCUUUUCGGUGGGUGCUAAUGACGUUGCCAACUCGUUUGGUACGGCAGUGGGUUCAGGUGUAGUUACCCUUAAGCAGGCCUGUAUUCUUGCUACUGUCUUUGAGACACUGGGCUCUGUGCUGCUUGGAGCCAAGGUCAGCGAGACCAUCCGCAAUGGCAUAAUCGACGUGACCAUGUACAACGGCACGGAGCACGUGUUGAUGGCUGGAUCAGUCAGCGCUAUGUUUGGCUCUGCUGUUUGGCAGUUGUUUGCUUCUUUUCUGAAGCUUCCUAUUUCUGGGACCCAUUGCAUUGUGGGAGCUACCAUUGGUUUUUCACUGGUCGCCAAAGGUCAGCAGGGCGUCAAAUGGCUGGAGCUUCUUAGAAUUGUUGCUUCUUGGUUCCUCUCACCUGUCCUCUCUGGCAUAAUGUCUGCCAUUCUUUUCUACUUUGUUCGCAAGUUCAUCCUGCAAAAGAAAGAUCCAGUGCCCAAUGGUCUGAGGGCCCUGCCUUUCUUCUACGCUGUUACAAUGGGAAUCAACCUGUUCUCCAUUAUGUUUACUGGAGCACCGAGUGAAGUAAAGUCUUCCAGUCCCACUGAGAGCCCUCUGAUGGAGAAGAGGGAGCUGCAUGAAGCUCACAGUCCCAUCCUGAAACCUGUCCCUGAGGAGUCCAGUGCCAUGCCCUCUAUCACCCCCUCGGCCCCUCCUCUUUCUGAGGAGCGCAGGGUCACCUUUGACAUUGGAGAUUCAGAUGACGCAGAUCAGAAGGACUGCAAAGAGUCAGAGACGGGCAGUGCAGCUCCGAAGACUGCCCAUGCUCAUUUCACCACCGGCCCCACUCACAUUCCUAGCAAUGGUUACUCUCAGUACCACACAGUUCACAAGGACUCCGGCCUCUACAAGGACCUGCUGCACAAACUCCAUCUGGCAAAAGUGGGAGACUGCAUGGGGGAGGGUGGCGACCGGCCCAUCCGCCGCAACAACAGCUACACCUCCUACACCAUGGCCAUCAUCGGUAUGCACGGAGACUUCAAGCCCAAAGAAGCUGACUUCCGUGGUUCUGAAGAUGGAGACAAGGAAAAUGCCAGUGCUCAUGAGAGGAAGCGCAUCCGCAUGGACAGCUACACGAGUUACUGCAACGCAGUGGCGGAGAAUGGUGCACCUGAAGGUCUCGGUGAUGGUGAGGUUGCUUUGGAGAUUGCCGAUGAUGAUGCUGGGAGCAGCCGUAGUUCUUUGGACGAGGAUAGAGCCGAUGCUGACAGACCUGAAGUGUCAAUGCUCUUCCAGUUCCUUCAAAUUCUCACUGCCUGCUUUGGCUCCUUUGCUCACGGAGGAAAUGAUGUCAGUAACGCAAUUGGUCCCCUGGUUGCCCUGUGGCUGGUCUAUGAGAGUGGGUCCGUUAUAUCACAUGCACCAACUCCAAUCUGGUUGCUGCUGUAUGGAGGAUUGGGCAUCUGUGUCGGUUUGUGGGUCUGGGGCCGUAGAGUCAUCCAAACCAUGGGCAAGGACCUGACCCCCAUCACCCCGUCUAGUGGUUUCAGCAUCGAGCUCGCCUCAGCCGUCACUGUUGUCGUUGCUUCCAACAUUGGUCUUCCAGUUUCCACCACUCACUGCAAGGUCGGGUCAGUGGUGGCUGUCGGUUGGCUGCGCUCCAGGAAGGCUGUGGACUGGCGACUGUUCAGAAACAUCUUCAUGGCCUGGUUUGUCACUGUGCCCAUUUCUGGCCUUAUCAGCGCGGCCAUCAUGGCCCUGUUCACCUACGUCAUUCUGUGAGGCCUUGAAAAUCUGCUCUGCCUCCCUCUCUGCUCACGAGGAGCCACAUCCUGCAACCAGGAACCCCAGAGUGAGGUGGAGGGCAUAUCUCAACCUUCUCUGUCUCUCUCUACCUUUCCUCCCUUCGUCAUCCUCAUGAUGAGUGGGGAUGAAAAAGGCCCCUUUUGAUAGAGCCUGUGAUUCUUGGCUGCAUUAUUUUUAGCCUGUAUUGAUGAUUUGUGUGCAUUGCACCAGGUCACAUGCCAUAGGCCAGAGAAGAAAAUGUCUUCAAAACUAAAAUGGUUGCCAUUUAAAUUCCCUCUUGUACAUAUGUCAGAUCACCUUUUUUGUUUUUUUUAUGUAAUUAUGUACAGAACUAUUUUUUUUUUUUUUUAAGGUAAAUGAACAAUUACAAUGCAGUAUUAGCCUUCAUUUGACAUGCAUUUUUCAUUACUUUCAUAAUUUGAGUUCCUUAGAGAAGCGGUGUUUUGGUGCGAAGAAUUCGGGGAAGAGAAAUUGAGUUGCAUUUUCCUUCUCUUAUGCAUUCAGUAUGUUAAUUUUCCACUUUUUCUCAAGCAGGCCUAACUAAACUCAAAUAGAGCCUUAUGACACCCACAUAUUUAGGAGAGUCUUGUGAGGGUUGAUUAGCAAAGUUAGUUGGAUGCUCACAUCAUGUUCCUUAAUAUAAUUUCAGUGUCCUUUACCUGGUGUCUUUUAGAUUUUUUGUAGGUUACACUACAAAACAGGCCUCUUGGUAAACUAAACAGUUGUUCUGUUCUCAUUCUUUUAGUCGUCUUUUCUUCAAUGGUUUGCAGAAUAUCAGAUUUCUUUUGGUGUUUUACACCACUGUAAUUGAGCUGUUAAUAUUAGCUCUGCUUUGCCCAGCGUCGAUUAACAACUAUAACGGACCAACCUGUGCUUGGAGAUGCAGUUAAACAUCUCAGCAGCUAAUGCAAAGAUUCACGCAUUUUCUUAAAGCACAGAAGCGCUCUGCUGUAGAGUUAGUAUGCUCUUGGCGACUCCCGUAAAUGCAACGCAUCCCCAAAUGUUUGCUGUAGACAAUUGAACUCCAUACGGUGGAUUAGGGCCCAUUGUGCUCGGUCACCAAGGGUCGCUGUUGUUGCAUACAGAUGAAGUGUUACUAGGAUACCCAAACUCUCGUUUUACCAGUGUAAUACUGGUCAGGGUUACUCCAGGGCAGGAAAGAUCACAAGUUAAUUAUUAAAAAUAUUCCCCUGCCAAAAUGAAUUCGGCAAUCAUUUGUUUUUAGUCAAGAAAUAUAACCCUGAUGAACCUGUUCCCUUGAGUAUUACAGUAAUACUUUGCUGUGAUGCUUGACAUCAGAAACAGUGAAUUAAACUCAAUGGAGUGAAGUUUCCUUGCGUUGGAUUUAAGACCAUUGGCGUUCCUGUAAAACUUGACGGAUGGUGUAACUCAUCUACUCCAGCCUUCUCAGACCUGCUUCAGUAGUUCUUCUGAGGAAUGUAUACCAAUACAAACACAGUAUAUGUAUAUAUUUUACAAAGGGUUGCUAUUGUAUCCCCUACAGCAACACAAAUGACUUGCCCUAUUUAUUAGAUAGGUGUGGGACAGUGGUGUUAAAUGAUGGUUUGGACUGAAGGCAGCAGUAGCUCCAUCUGUACUGCUGUGAUUUGGUUAUAACUUAACACAUUUAGACCGUACGUAGUUGCUGUAGUUGCCUUAAGGAUGUUUCUCUUUCCGGGUUUUUUUUUUUUAACCAAAGAGGAAAAGGUGGAGCGUUUUGUUGUCCACUGGGCUUUGGGGAUGAAAGAAUAAAUGUCUUUUCCAGUA